AAUCACCAGCCUUGGAUACAAAUACCAUUCUUCGCAGGACAAGGCGUUGGCAGCUCUCUGGAUUGGAACCUGUUGACGGCUCCUCAAACCUAUCUCGACGGCAGAAGUCGCGCGUUGCCACAAGGCAGGGUCUUGGGUGGUGGUACCGUACUCAAUGCCAUGCUGUAGAACAGAGGUGGCAUUGGCGAUUAUGACGACUGGGUGACGCUCGGCAACCCAGGCUGGAGUUUCUGGGACCUGAUGCCUUACUUCUGCAAGAGCGAAACUUUCACGCCUCAUCCACAAAGCGAAAUUGCCAAUGCUGUCGGCAUCAACCAGAACCCUCUAGUCCACGGAAACAAAGGCCCUGUCAACGUCAGCUUCUCCAGCCAUAUCUACAAUGAGACCGUCAACUUCUUCUCGGCGCUGAAUGAGCUGCAAAUGCCUGUGUCAUACGAUCCUAAUGACGGAGCAACGGCAGGAGCAUCGUUCCUGCCGCUGGCACUCAACCCAGCAAACCAAACAAGAUGUGAUGCCCGAUCGGCUUAUUUCGAGCCGUACGCCAUGAGGCCCAAUCUCUGGGUAUCGACGGACCAACACGUCACCCGCAUCCUGUUCGAAGGAGGAUCCGGCAACCCUAAUACGACGACACCCACGCCUGGCGAUUCAAGCGUCGGUCAAGGCAGUUCGUUCUCCAGACCUGAUGGAUUGUUCUCGAACAUUACACAAAACGGCAUUGCAUCGAGACGUCGGAUGUUUCGACCAGUCUACUGUAUUCUGGACAGCUUGAAACAGCGGCUUGGUAUGCGGAAACGACAGCCGACAAACACACCUGUGACGUCUGUUGGAGGCCUCCUGCGAGCCAAUGGAGUAGAGUUCGCGUCAGCAGCAUCCGAGCUGAGAAGAAACAUCACAGCGGUUCGAGAAAUCAUUGUCGCUGCCGGAGCAUUGCACACUCCCCAGGUCCUCAAGCUCUCCGGUCUGGGUCCUGCGAAUGAGCUACAAUCACUCCAGAUACCUGUAUUGGUUGAUCUUCCUGGUGUCGGAAUGAAUCUGCAGGAUCACGCCCUUGUUGGAGUAUUCUGUAAGUGCCAGGCCUCACGUCGAGAAACCACCCUAACAACAUUGUCAGACCCCUACCAGAAACCUACAUCCUUCACGAGUGUGCAGAUCGCAAGCAACUACAGUCUGAUGAGUCAGUUCGGCGCAACAUAUCAAGCAAACAGAACCGGGCCUUGGACGGCUGGUCCUCCGGACGGCAAUGCAUUUCCUGCUCUUUCGGUUUUGACCAACAGGUCCUUUUCGAUCAUCACCAAAGCCCAGACACAGAAAGCGAUUGAUUACUUACCACCAGACGUCCACCAAAACGUGAUUGCAGGAUUUGAAGCCCAGCGUCAACUGUUGAUCAAGGCUCUGCAAGAUCCGAAAAGAGCCGCGUAUGAGCUUCUGAACUUUAACUAUGGCGCCUUCUCCAACGUCAACAUGAGGCCCUUUUCUCGUAGUACUGUAAAAUUGAGCUCAUCCCGACCCUUCGACCCUCCGCUUAUUGACCCCCGGUAUGGUUCAAACCCGGUCGACCUCGAGGUCUUGUUGGCUUCAAUCGUAUACAAUCGACAGGUACUCGGGACGACGUCGAUGAAACUGUUGGAGCCACUGCAACUCAAUCCCAGACCAAACGCGACCGACCAGGAGAUACUGCAGUUCAUCAAAGCCAAUAUCCAAACAGAGUUUCAUCCGAGUGGUACAUGCGCCAUGUUGCCUCUUGAUCUAGGAGGAGUCGUGGAUCCACAAUUGCUGGUCUAUGGUACUCAAAACCUGAGGAUAGUCGACGCCUCAAUCAUGCCUGUCAUACCUGCGAGCCACCUACAGGCUGUGGUAUACGGUGUUGCCGAGAAGGUAGGAAGUUAGAAUGCUUGACCUGCUGUACAGUUGCUGACGAUCAGACAGGCAGCAGACAUCAUCAAGAAUGCAACCUCAAGGGCUUCAUCAGCAAUACAGCCACCAGCGCCUUCGUCUGCACAGAGUACAUACCUAGCUGCCUCGUCAUCAGCUGAAUCAUUGCCUCUGUCUUCUCCACAGCCCGCAAUAUCAUCUCCAUUG